AUGCCCCUGGGCCACAUAUUGGGCGUGGUGUCGCCGGCCACGGUUGCCGACGAACUGCUGCUCAGCGCCAGCCUUAUCGAGCUGGAUGGCGGCGAGCUCUGGAUCGGCUCCGAGGAGUGCCCGUUCGAAAGCCGCGCCGAGGUACUGCUCACUGGUCAGCGCGACGAGGCAGAGGGCGCCGCCGACGUGCAAAAGGCCGUGCUCGUGCGACGAGGGGCCCUAGAGGUGCACGGUAAGCCCAAGCGCUCGUGGACCAAGCUGGCAGCUACCGUGCCCAAAUCGACGAGUGAGGACCUGGUGGAUAACCCCAUCUACAGCAUACAAGACGAGAAAGACCUCAUAAGCAAUGGCUUCCACAUGUACGAGUUCGACAGCGACGGUAACCCCGUACGGAACUGGGGACGCGUGACGGGACCGAGUAAGUACAGCCGAGUGCUCGACCACACGGAUAACGUGUUCGUGGUGGCCGUCUCACAGAUGGCCACCUUCGGCAGCCACGACCCGGUCGCUACGGCGGAGGUGUUUGAGUCGCUCUGCUACGGUGGCGAGCGGCAGUCAGCCAUUCGCAGCAUGGUGGAUCGCCAGCGGCUGGCGUUCGUCGCUAUCUGCCACGUCGGCUCACCCGAGAACAGCGUAGAGAUGGUCGGCACGGCCAACAACGGUCGCUCGCACACAGGACGCAUAGUGCAAACCAUCGGCGAUGUCGAAUUCGCCGCCAUGUCGACCGUGGUGCUCAGUGGCUCCGACAGCCCCCUGCCCGAAAUGGCGUCCUACGCGGCCGGCACCACACCCUCCAUGGAGGUGAUCCUCACUAUGACCGACGACGUCAGCUCCUGGGAAACUGGCGAUAGGAUUGUCAUCGCCUCCACCGACUUCAACCGAAACCAGGAGGAGGAGUUCGAUCUGCUAGACUGCCCUAGCUGCGAUGGCACGCAGGUGAAAAUCAUGGGCCCCAUCUGGUACACGCACUGGGGUGAAAUCACCGACGGCGUUGACAUGCGUGCCGAGGUCGGUGACCUCACGCGCAACGUCCAAUUCCACGGCCAAAUGGAGGAUGCCUGCUACGGAAGCAACUUGUGCGACAGCUUUGACUACGACACGUUUGGCGGACAUAUUAAAAUGCUCUCAGGCUUCAACAGCGCCAGGAUUGAAAACGCCGAGUUCUACCACAUGGGGCAGCAGCCUGUCAUCGGAUCAUAUCCCAUCCACUUCCACAUGUGCCUGGACACUUCCCAGAAAGACGUGUAUAUCCGCGGCAAUGCCAUCCACAACACGUUCUCGCGCUGCCUCACCAUCCACGGCACGCACAACGUCACCGCCGAGAACAACGUGGCGUUCGACCACCUGGGUCACUGCUUCUUCCUUGAGGACGGCGGCGAGCAGGACAACAGACUGAUAGGCAACCUCGGCAUGGGCACCAAAGCGGGCACCUUGCUGCCAACCGACGCCGUCAACAAGGUCAGCACGUUCUGGGUGACCAACCCCGACAACGAGGUCAUCAACAACGUCGCGGCCGGCUCCGAAGGUAUUGGCAUCUGGAUCUUGAUGCCGGAUUUGCCCACAGGUCCUUCUGCCAACGUAGACAUGGGUCUUGUAGAAAAACAGGCAUCGCGAACACUUGUCAAGGCCUUCCAAGGUAACGUGGCACACUCUAACAGGCGCUUUGGUUUCCGUCUGGACGAUGAACUGCUCUCUGACGGAACGGUCCAGCCGCUCUGCUACUUUCCGCGCGUGGACCCGACCGACCCGGGGAGCGACAUGGCGUUUCUACAUCUUGACGAUUUCGUGGCUUACAAAAACAGCGAGAGUGUCUGGAUCAAGUCUAUGCACACUUUGGCCACUAACUUCCGUAUUGCCGAGAGCGGAAUUGGCAUCAUAUUUGCAUCAGCCGCAGCGGCCAACCCCAACGAACAUAACGAGAUGCUAUCUGGGGCACGUAUCGUCGGCGACACAGCCAACAAGGGCGAGCCAGCGGGCGAAGUCCAGCUGCCAUCCGGAGAGGUCAUCCAGGUGGACCGUUCGCUACCCCGCACCGGGUCCGCGCAGCACGCGCAAAUUGGCGUCGCCUUCUACCGUGGACCCGUGCAUGUGGUGGACACGUCGUUUGCCGGCUUCCAGACUAACGCGCUGCGGCCGGCCGGCGCCAUCGGCAAGAAGUUUAGCAAUCCGUACUUCUCUUCGCCCAUUGCCAGCGUGCGCAACGCCUCGUUUGACUUCGCCGACCCGGCCGCCGGUAGCCGCUUCUACGACGGUGACGGCACCGUAACGGGCUACGAGGAGCGUGACGGCAACCGGCACAAUGUCCUGCUCGACUGGGACGGCUCGCUUACCACUUACCCUCGCGCCAGCCUGGUGAGGCCCAUCCCACUGUUGAUGAACGCACGCUGUGUGCUCCUGCCCAACUGGGGGCCGGGUGUCGGGCUCUGUCCGGACCGCUUCAACCGCGUGCAGCUUGGCAUCGCCGGUAACAUCCCCACAUUCAUGACGCGCAACGACCUGCAGACCGCCGAGACGGAGACGGCGCUGGCUGAGCAACAGGUCAGCUACUCACUCAACUCGGCCGAGUCGUACAUCAUGCACUUUAACACUACCGUGCCGGCCCGCUUCGGGUUCAACAUGUACGGCGUCCAGCAAGGCCUGGCGCAGCUAGUUGGCGUCUGCGUGGGUGCCAACCAGGAGCUGGAAAUAAAACCACGAAGGCAAUACACCCUCGUCAACGACAUGGAAGAGGUACUGGCCGACGAGAGCAACAGCAAGUACUUCUACGACCCGGCCAUUGGAGUGGUGGUUUUCAGGUUCACCAGCCAGACUCCGCGCACCGACGCGACCACAUCUCACUGUCCGGGCGACCUGGACGAGGACGGCAACGGCAUUUGCACUACGCGCGUCAUCAUCGAGCUGCCGGCGGAGCACGAUGACGGCGACUGUCGCUCCCGGGCCUACCCGGCCUACGCCACCGGGCCCGUGUCGGCCGAGGGUGCGCUCGCCGUGCCCGUCUUCGCCUAG